GCGCAAGAAAGGUAGAAACGUUUGGAAACGCAUAUACACAGUUUGUUAGCUUUGAAUUGACUUAGAGGGAGUGGAUUUUUAGAAAGUAGCACAGCCAAUAUGGAAAUUAAAAUUAUGUUACUCUUCUGCCUGUGCUUCACACUCGCCGCGGCGUUACCCACACAAAAGACUGAUGCCGCAGAUGUAGCAACCACAGCACCCUCAGUAUCGCGCUUCGCAAGCAUUGCUUCUCAGAAGAUCGCAUUGAAUAUGCUGAAAUUCAAUGCUGACAUCGAUGCCAAUCAAGUUUAUUCACCUUUGGGCAUCAGCUCAAUACUCGGUGUAUUGGCAGAGGGUGCGGCUGGUGAGACCUACGAUGAAUUUACCAAGACACUUGGCUUCCCCGCCGAACGUGCUAAUUUGCGUUCCUCCUUCCAGCGUAUACUGUCGCGUUAUCAAAGCCAAGAAUAUUCUACGUUGCCAUCGUUCCAGACCUGGUUGUACAUCUAUCGCAACAACACUGCGCGCGAUGAAUUCAAACAGCUGGUUCGCGACAAUUACUUUGUCAUGGUAAAAGACAUUAAUAACGAAGAGUAUAACUGGAAUGAACCAAAUACUUCACCAGAUGUAGAGACCAGUUCGGUGAGCAACAGCAAAGAUGUGGUCGGUUUUGAGACCUUGAAACGGUUAAGAGCUGAUGCAGAUUUGGCUGCUGCAGCCACAGAAACGCAGACACAGUCUGCGCAGCCUGAUACAUUUGGCGAAGAGGUAGUCGAUAAGGCAGCAUCAAAAUUCGAUCGUGUUGUUGAAGAUAAACAGUACGUAGAAAAGCCGGUGAUAUUGGAAGAAAUCAAGAAGAGUCAGCCGGAAAAAGAGGCAGAAGACGAGAAGAUUACUGUUGAGCAGUCAAAACCAACUGAAGGAUCAGAAAGCACUACUAUCAUUGAUGAGGUGAGUGAGCAACUCAAAGACACAGAAGCUAUAGACAUAGCAGAGAUACCUAAACACGAAGAAGAAUUGGUUAACAAGGAUAUUAGCAAACGCGAGGAUGACGUGAAUUUUGAAGACAACGAGACUGUGCAUUCGGAGGAGAAGUUGCAAAAACACUACGACGAGGAUCACGAAGGCAUUGUACCCAUCAAGGAUGUGCUGGACUCCAAUGAACCAGAGAAAGUUACAUUGCCACUACAGAAAUUGGAAAGCGCGCUCGACACAGCUAACAAGAAUGUGGGCGAGAUAAUGAUUGCGCUCGAGUCGCACAUAAGCUCGGUGAGAAGAGUACUUGGUGCACGCAGUCUUUUCCGGAAGGAGGACAUCGCGCACUCUUUGAGCGCUAACUCCAUCACUGGUCGUGAAGCUGCCUCAAAAACUAAAAUGUUGCUCUUCAAUGGUCUAUACUAUGCUGGUCUUUGGGCGCAGUCGUUUACUCCACAAAUUUCAAAUGAAGAGAACUUCUUCUUCAUGACAGCCGAGGAUGCGAUGAAAGCACCAAUGAUGCAAACAAAAGGAAAAUUCCACAUUGCCGAAUUAGAACACUUGGAUGCGAAAGUAUUUUGCUUGCCAUAUCAGAAUAAAAAAUACGCAAUGAUGAUUGUUCUGCCAAACGAUACUGAAGGUCUUCGCCCGCUUAUCGAGAAACUACAACCCGAAGACUUAAAACUGGCCAAAUCAUUGGCGCAGGAGAAAGAGUUGCGUAUCACAAUGCCAAAAUUCCAAGUUGAUGAAACUUCACGUUCCGAAGCCAUGCUGAAGAGUAUCGGUUUGAACAAAAUCUUCGCACGACAAGAAUCCGAUCUCAGCCUAUUAUCUGACGAUCCUGAUUUACAUGUCGACGAAGUGGUGCAGUUCGUGAGUGUACGCGUGGAUGAGAGCGGUAGUAGCGAGAAUGCGCUCACAGUCUCCAACAGCCAGGCGCGCACAACCGAAACAUCAGAUGUGGAGACGAUCGUAGUGAAUCGUCCUUUCUUGUAUUUCAUAAUGGACUGUGAGGAAGAGUUUGUGAUUGUUGCGGGCAAAAUUUAUAACCCGGAAGUAAAGGAAGAGCUGCCGAUUUCCGUUGAAGUGGAAUUUGAGGAAUCUUAGUUUUAAAAAUCAACAAGAUCAUUAAAGUAUACCCAAUACAGGUGAACUCAUUUUUACAUUUUUCUAA